GGGGUGCAUUAAAGAAGGUACCCCUAGGGCAACACAAAAAAUCGCACCGAUAGUCCAUGAUAUUCCAAAACGGUUUACCUACUGUUGAGUAUACAACUUGUAUAGGCCUACACAAUAGUAGUCAAUUAAGCCGUUUCUGACACGGCCCUUCCAAUAUAAGGUGACUAGGUGUUUACUGAAAAGGUUGGUCAUUUUUAUGAGUGUGAAGGCUUUAGACUUACAGUGACGUUUAAGGGUGACAGGUGCAGAGGGCGGAGUCGGAGAAGCACUCCUAGGAAGUCGCUGGAACAGCGAUGGUGAGAUGCGUGCGUGCGCGCUGUGAGCAGUCAAUUGUUGAGUCGCUGCAAAGAAAACAACCUCUAUUCCGGUUACGGCGACAGCGUCUUUUCUACAAAAUGUCUAGUGAUGAAAUAAACGUGUUCCGCUGUGAGACAGAAUUGGACAGCUCGGUGCCGGUCUGGAAGAAAGACAUUCUGGAACGGAGAAAAGCAAAGAGCAGAGGUACAUUCGAUUCUUUCUCCAGUGCUUUCGCAGCGCGGAUUAACGACGAGAUACAUGGGGAGAAUGGCAGGUCUGAAAAGUCCAGUCCUACUUUUAAUGGGAACUUUACAUUUACUUCUACUAGCCGGCACUUUGCAGGUAAGCGUGCUUUCACUCCAGACUUACUCUCACCGCUUAAAACAAACAAACCCUGGUCGGCUUUCGAUCACUGUGACAUUACUACACCGGACAAGAAUGUUUGUUGCCAUGGAGAACAAGAGAGUUUGGUUUUGUCGGACAGUCUGGGCCCGUUACACGAUAAUCCCUUCAUUAAAAUGGAAAGGCAGCGUAAAAAGCACCGGGACCAAGAGAACGCUGCUCGGUCAAUUCAACACAUACUAGAGGUGUAUGGCAGUGUGCCUGGCGUCCGUACUAUACGCGCUGAGAACAUUAUAAUAAUAGAAUCGGACCCGGACUAUUUACUAGAGCCUCCAGAUUUUAAGACUGGUGCUAAACUGCAACAUAACGGCAGAUACAGCUCCAUAAAAGACCUAUUGGAUCAGAACUGUACUGCAGUGACUGAGAUACAUGCAAAAGAAGUUGUAAUCUACAAUUCUAAACUGAGCAGAAGUGAGGAGAACCUCAGUACAUUAGGCCAUUAUGGUACUGAUGGGGAACUAGUACACAUGCAGGGCAAGGGCAGGGUCAACCGCAUGCUGCAGAAGUUUGACUGUAAUUAUGACAAACUCCAGCCUAGGUCCCGCAGCAGUGAAAACCUGCUGGAUGCAGACACCAGCUCAAAUAGGCUGAGACUUCAUCCCAAGCCACAGGUUGAUCCAGUGCCAAAGUGUGUGACACCUCCAAGGUCCACCUCGCCUGCUUUAAGUCCAGAACCGGCACCUAUACAUUUAGUCUUCCAGAGCUCAAAGCCUUCCCAACGCAUGCCUCAAACCCUGUCUUUUGUUGAAAAGCAGGAGAGUGGCAUACCCUUUUCUGUAUCCCUCCAAUCUGAGGAGAAAGGGGAAUACAAAACACCUGUAAAUCUGAGGUCUCAGACCAAACCCCUAAGUGAGAAGGGCUGGGAUGCUCCAGAAGAGUCUUCCAAACCAAAAGUGCCAAGUUAUUUGGAGAGACGCAGAGAUGUUCCAGAAGGUCCAUCUUGUCGCCCGUCGCUCCGCUCCUCUACCUUUGAAAUCCGCCCCUCUCCUCGCCCGGACCUGUCUACGCUGCCAGUCGACGACGUCCAGGCACGUGCCCUUGCCAACCUGCGCCUGCAGUCCCGCAACUCCUUCACCGUCAUACCAAAGCGCAGGAUGCCCACAGUGUCCUCGGUCAGAGCUGUGCCCUCAAGCCCCAUCAAACCCACAUGUGACUCUCCAUGCCCACACCCCAGUGCACCUGAGCCACAGACCACUACAGUGCCAAAGCCCACACCCCCUGCCUUGCCUCCACCCUCACCUAGGCCCCCCGUAAUACAAGAGGAAAUAGUUCCCGGGCAUGCUAUAGCAGAGCCCCCUGAACCACAUGUCCCAGUGAAUCCUUGCACCUCCCCCUCACCAUCCACAGUGGACCUCAUGUCGGACCCCCCUAUGCAGGUGAUGCUGCCAGAAGAGCCCCUGUGUAUAGACCAGCUGCCAGUCACUAAUAUAGAUGAUGUGGUUGUGGAGCCAGUGCGUGGUGCCACAAGCUCUUUGGUUCUACAACGGAAGGGAAACACCUUCACGGUGGUGCCUAAACGUAGGCCUGACCCCCAGGCCUGGUCUCCAGAGCCCCAAGGGCCUGCAGCUGACCAGCUUCAUCCUACCCAGGUGCCCAAGCAACCUCCCUAUGCAGAGCUGGGGUCUCUCCUGAAGAAGCGCUAUCCUAAAGCAGAAGAGAUAGAGGUAAUCGGUGGAUAUCUCUCUCUUAGCCGCUCCUGCCUUUCCAAAACUCCUACCCGCAAGAAGCUGAAGAUUUCCUUCAAUGAGUCAAGCCUCCACAGUACCUUUGAGUACCCAUCAGAGAGCAGUCUGGUGGAUGGAGGCGAGAUUGAGAAUGAAGGAGAAGUGGAGGAGGGGGGCCCUGCCAUCAAGAGAUUCCUGAUCCCCCGUCCCAGUUAUAUAAGCUCCCCCAGCAACACCACCAGUAGCAUUGAUCUCUCCAGUUAUACUCCAAAGCACUCUGUGGAUUUCAGUGCUUGGCAGGAAGAUAAGCAUGAUGUCCAUGUAUUUUCUGGAGAUUGCAAUGCUGAAUGUACAGAGCAGUCUCUAGAGGAAGUCAUGCUCAUUCCAGGUGAUAGGCCCACCCUCUCAGACUUCCACAGUGAUCCCGCACUCUACUUCUAACAUAACUAGAGCGCAUGGUGAAAGCUGCAGCCAGGUGGCACCAACCCGGUCAGCCAUGAGCCACGGAGUGCCACAGGACCAACUCUACACACGGCAGCCUCUCAGAAAUGACUGCCCAGAACGAACUGUCAGAACUGGACACACAACGUCUCCAUUGAAUCUUUUCACUAUCCUAGAAAGCACCUGCAUGUAGUCCGAACAGUCUGUCUGAACAGGUUCAAGUUCAGGGCAGACCAAAUUGAUAGUUUUAUGUAUGACUUCCGAAGCUGGUGAUGUUUAACCAGGUUAAUUUGUCAGCCACAAAGCACUGAACUCUGAAUGAAAUAUGCAUCACGAAGUGGAAAUGGUGACUUGGAGCUGGGGAAAUGUCAAACUCAAACUGGUUAUGCCAAUAAUUGUAGAUACCAACAAAGAGACUUUUCAAAACUUUCAAGUACCGCCAGAAAACUGUUCUUACAGAAAAGAAACUACUUUGUGGCAGGUACAGAAAAACAAGGAACAGUGGAAUUAUUAUUUUUUUUUAGAUUUUUAUGAAUUACCAGUGACUUUAAUAGUGAAGGGUGCCAUGAUCCUUACUCUUAAGUCUGUAUUUGUGCAUAUUAAUCCUCUUUGACCUUCAACCAUGAACAUAUGCUUACAGUAUAUACCUUUCUUUUUUUUGCAUGCUUGCAUGUGUAUGCUGUGCUAUACCAGUUACCAUUCUGGCCAUUCAAAAUUUAAAUAGAUUCACAAGUUUCUGAUGUAUUACACACCUUGUGUUUUGUAUUUCAAGUAACAUGAAAACAACUUCACUUGAUUCUUCAACCAAACAUUUUAUAUAUUAACUAUAUAUAUGUUUAGCAAUUAGGGCUGUCUAAAUUAAUGGGUAAAGUCUUGAAAUUAUGCGAUAUUAAUAUCUGCUUGAUGAUUUCCAUACGUUACUCUAUUUUGACCAUUUCUACUUAAAACCCUGGGCAGUUUGCUUUCUUUCGUUUGAUUGAUUUAUUUCUUGGCUAACAUAGACAGCUCAAGUAUGGCUUCUGCAGGGUGGAACUGGAGCUGAAGCUCUCAUCAUUGGCUUCAUGGGCCACAGACAGUUGUACAUAGGUGUUUUAUUUAAUUAAAUCACUGUGUACACAUUGAGAUCAUCUGAGUGGACAAAAUAAGUUGGUCAGGGAUCUUCAGCUGAUCUGAACACACAGGACCUAUUACCAUAAGCUGCAUAUACAUUUGCCAGAUAUGAAAGACAAAAGCACUGAAUGUGCAGGGCCUGUGACUAAUUUUUUUUUUUUUUUUACUUUCAAAUGGUGCAAAAAUAAGUAUUCCUACAUUAGCCAUUGUUUCAGCUAUUAAAUCUACGGUAUAAAGCUUUUAAUUUCCCCUCCUAAUGGACAUUAUUAUUUGUACUGAAUUUCAGAGUUAUCUCUGUUUAGUGCUGGACAGACUUUUUCCACAUCCAUUAGUUUUUCCAUUUGUUGAAGAAGAGCAAAUCUCUUUUCCUACUCUUAUUUGUUUACAUUAGAUGAAAGCAAACCUUGGUACGCUGUGACUUUAAUUUAUAAGUGUUGUAUAUUUAGAGGAAGUGAAAUGUAUGGUAAGAGUUUGUGUGCUAUGUUAAAACAGAAAUUUUUAACUUGAUGAAAGUGAUCUCAAAAUCCUAAAAGCCAAAAUCUUAUAUUAGAUUAAAUUGAUUUGGAUCCAGGUCAUUAUAGUUGGUUUGUUAUUUCAUAAAGAACUUACAAGAAAAUAAUUUUCUUUAGAGGUUUAUUUAAAAGUGUUUUUAUUAUGUCAAUGUAAAUUCAUAUAUAUAGCACCAUUUACAAAUGUAAAUUAUAAUUAAUCUUAUUUUAUCUGCAAAUGUGAUCAUUUUGUCAUUUGACAGCCCUAAUAAAACAUGUUCAAGAAAUAUAUUUUAGUAUACUAAGGAAUUACAGCCAUAUUCUAUAUUUGUUCCAGAACUGUUUACACACACACUCACAAAAUCAUAUUUGAAGCAAAAUAUGAAUUUUGGAGUCUUUGCAGUCUGAUACACAACAAUAAAUAAAUUGUGAAACAUACACAAA